AUUUUAAAAAUGCUGCUACUUACUCACGCUUUCAUUAAUGAAAAAUCAAAAAAGAUUUUCCGAAAACCACCUGAGUUAGACGUUGAUGCACUAUUUGGUUUCAGCGUCGCUUAUUAUACGGGAAAUUCAGGCAGCUUGCUAGUUGGAGCGCCGCAAAGCAACCGUUACGGUAAAAUUUACGCCAUAGACGUGGACAGUGGAAACUUUACCGAUGAAAGCGCAGGUUUUGAAAAUAAAUUAAAAGGAAUAAAUUUGGAUUAUGAUAUCUGGUUGGGUGCGGCCAUAGCAGUUGGCCCUAACUUUUAUGUGGCGUGUACUCCCCGAUUUAAUGCAAAGAUGAAAAUUAUUGUGGAAGGAGCACAAAAAAAAGAGGUUAAGGUACCCGCUAAUCUUGGAGUUUGCUUUAUAAAACAGAAGGAAGUGGAAAUACUUAAAUACAUAACAAAGGAAGAUAGAAAUACCAAUACUACUGAUUAUAUGCAGAGAAUGGACUCGCUCGGUUGGGCAAUCAACGUGGCUCCUAAUCAAAAAGAUGUUCUUGUUGGUGGAGCGGCUAUGCAUAGAGGGCGGGUUAUUUUUUAUCAGGACGUAAAGAAUGCGAGUGUGCCAGAAUUAAUUAUCCGAACAAGUGCCGACCAGCCUUUCAAAUAUAAUUUCGGCUUUGGUAUAGCGAGUGGUAAUUUCUUUUCUGACCAAACCACAUACGCAAUAAGCACGACCUAUGGCGAUAGAGGUUUCGGAAAGGUGUAUUUCUUCGACGCCAGCUUCAAUCAUAAGGAUACAAUCACAGAUGACAAUCUAUCGUCGAUGUUUGGUGCGGUGCUGUGCACAGUUACGCUGCGUGGCCCCGCUUUGCUCGUAGGAGCACCAGCAUAUGCCGAAGACGAUUACACCCACGAUGUGGGUGCAGUACACAUCUACGCUGCCCAAACAGAUGAAUCAAAUCGCAUGGAAUUGCAGAGAACAAUAAAAGGCACAAAAAGUGGUGGAUUUUUUGGCCACAGUAUCAUCAACCUGGGAGACAUGGAUGAUGAUGGCAACGACGAAAUAGCAAUAGCUGCUCCGUACGAAGAUGACGGCAAAGGUGCAGUGUACAUUUACUCUGGCGUUGGUAUAUUUGAUGGUAAAUUUUCGAAAAGAAUUCAACCUGAAAAUGCUAAAUCUUUCGGAUACAGCUUAGCAGUUAUUCCUAGCGACAAGGACAUUAAUGGAUUGGCAGUCGGAGCAAUCGGAAGUAACAGUGUCUUUGUAUAUAAAGGAAUAGCUUCUAUCGUUGUAAAUGUAACUGGCUCCAUUGAAAACCUCAAGACAGGACAUCAAACGGAACUUGAAAUAAAAGCGUGUGUCGAUAUUAAAUAUCCUAAAAAACCGGUUAAAUUUAAUGCAGAUUUACAAAUAAUAAUCAAGGUAACAGAUCUUUUAUGUAAAUUACACGAGGAUAAUGCUCCACCACUAAAAAUAACAGAGAAAACUAAUACACAGUUAUGUCGAAAAAAUGUUAAAGCAAGUUGUCCGGCCGAUAGAGAUUGGAAUUUCGUUAUAUCGUACGAUUUAACUGCAGAACUGUUAGAAAAAGAUAAUCCUUCGCAUGACCCUUUCGAGGUGUUCCUUAGUGAACGCAGUAUUCUGAGGCACCGAGCUCAAGAGAACUGGCCUUGCGAAGAACCCGAUGUAAAGCUUUGUAACCCGGAGCUCAAAGUGGAAAUUCAUUCUUCUAUAGCGCAACCAUAUGUCGUUGGUUCUUCAAUAAAUGAGAAGGUUUCGCUCAGCGUGCUCAACUCGGGUGCCAGAGCGUAUGGAUCGUGCGUCGAAGUAGAAGUUCGAGGUGCUGCGGUCUCACGAUUACCCCGAGAGUGUAAUAUACGAGCUGGUACCGAAACAGUUCUAUGCAAACAUCAACAGUUUAUUCAAAAGGGUGAAAAGUGGGUUAUAGGUGACUUAAUAUUGCAACCACGCACAGAAAUAGCAAUCAUGAAAGAAUUUUAUAUGACAGUCAAAUGCAUUCCAUACAAUGACUGUAAAAAACCAAAUGCUAAUAUUACGUUCGAGGAAAAAUAUAUAUUAAAAGGCGAUACUGAUAAUAUUAAUAUCGAAGGGCAAACAAAUCCUGAAGGUGACGUGGAUGUGAAUGCCUUUAUACUUCUCACUGAGGGAAAAUCUUUUGAACAUUUAUACAUCAUAGGAAACAAUGGAUCAACGAAUUGGAACAGUAUGGAAAUUGAGAUCACUCUAGAGAACGCACCUUACAUCCGAUACCCAGAUGUGCCUAUCAAAAUCUACCAAGACUCAUCCUACAUAGUUUGUCCCAUUGAAGACAAAAAGAUAAUCAACAAUACAAUCCAGGUGAUUUGUAACAUUGGUGAUCUACUGAAAUUGACAGAAACUACAGUCAUCAUUUCAAUGGAAAUCCCACCGAAUACCUUAGAACUGGACGAGAAUCAUCCAAACGUCACCGUCACUACCACCAUCAACGUUAUGGGUAUGAACAAAUCUUUAAGUGAACGAACAUUAGUGAAAUUAGAAGAAGCGAGUGUUCCUGCAUGGGUAAUCGCCACAGCUUCCAUUAUUGCGUUGGUGCUUAUAUUGAUCAUCGCAUUUGCUCUUUAUGAGUUUGGAUUCUACAAAAGGAAGACCAAAAAUAAACUAGUGGCACUAAAAGCAGAGGUCUAUCGUCAAAGUAUUCGCCGUUCGAUGAUUCGAGAAAGCAUGAGGGCUACUGCUAGGAGAAAAAGCUCUGAAGACAUUCCGUUCCUCCCAGAAGAUGACGACCGUCGUUCAGACACGAAAAUGACUAUUGAUGAAAAGUUACAACAUCAAAUAUAG